AUGAAAUCUUGGUCGAAGGUUAAGCUGGUAAGGUUCUUCUUCCAGGUUGAAAAAUGAAAAAAUGAUAUCUUGAUUUUCAGGAGUUGGCUUCUAUGGAGUCAAAUAAAGAUGACGGGAUGCGCUCAGUUCAAGAUGAAAUGAAAACACCAAAGACAGGAAAGGUAACAAAUUAUCUAUUUCGUGAGGCGCUCCAUUCUAAAAUACACACCAAAUAUUGACUAUUUAUCGACUAUAAAAUUAUUUAUUGAACAUUGGCUAUGAAAAAGUAGCCAGAAGGAUUUUAAAAACUUGAAAAAACAAUAUUGAAGCUUUUAAAAAUCGUUUUUCUGAAAACCCCUCUUUUUCCGUUUAGAGCCGAAUUUUCCCCUUAAUUCUCCCCAAAAAACUUUUAUUUCCAGAAGGGCAAACUUCGACUUCCGAAAAUCACUACAAAUACCCGAAACGCCAAACGAGAAGAAACAGCCGAUGAAGAUGCAACAAUCACUGAUGGAAGGGAAGAGAUACCAGAAGAACCGCACAACAUUACUCAGCCGACCAAAAAAAGAACGAUUUAUGUGUCCGAAGACGGCGAGUAUCUGCCAUUUGAAUUGGCUGAUAAACUUUUCGGAAAGAACGAAUCUCUACAAAAAGAUGAGAUUGAGGUAUAUUUUUUUGUUUAAUCAAUACGAUUUCCUUACUUUUUUUCUUUAGAUCAACCUCACUAAAGUGAAUAAUCAUAUGAAACCUUUGUCGUAUCAAUCAUACAUCGACAAAGCAAACGAAUCCAAAGAUCCAGAAUGUAAAUCGAUCUACAAGCAAUUGGCGCUGCAGGCUGUGUUCGUGAGUCGAUUUUUCCAGAAUUCGCUAUAUUUUGUAAUUCCCACUUUAGAGGUGGAGACUGAGAAAAAUAAAUCAUGUUCAUUUGAAACAGAAUAUUCUAAUUAGUACAAUCCUCGAAGAAUGUUUCUGGAAGCUUCCAAAACAUUGAUUUAAAAAAUUCAAAGUUCAAAAAACAGUUGAACGACGUGUAUAAAAGUCUAUACGUACAGUAUUUCGGAUUUAAAUGUUUGAGAUGCGUCCAGAAAAUUUUUUUGAGAUUCGUUCUAAUUAAAACAUGCUAUUUCGAAUGAGCACAACUUAUUUUUCGCUGAGACCCCACCUUUAAACCGUUGAUUUAUUCGGUCCGCUGGUUUUUAUUGAUUUUUUAACAGAUAAAUCGUAAAAUGUCAUCGUCUGAUUUGAAUUCUUCAACGAGUGAGAAGAAGAAAACCGCUGUGAGUCAUUUAUUUUUCGGGUGUGAAACUAUAUUACGCUUUAAAAUUUUUGGUCCUAAAAAUUUGAACUUUUGCAAGAAUUGAAAUACAUUGCCCCAACUAUUUGAAUGUUUGAAAAAAAAUUUGAAUGUUUGAAAAAUUUGAAUGUUUGAAAAAAAAUUUGAAUGUUUGAAAAAUUUGAAUGUUUGAAAAAAAACUAUUUGAAUGUUUGAAAAAAAAUUCAAUUGUUUAAAAUUAAAUUUGUUCUUUAAAAAAAUAACAUUUUUGUUUGCGGCAGAAAUUCAAGUGUUUUCUGGGGUGAGUCAAUUGUAUUUUUUGACGAUUUAUUGACAGAAAAUGUGAGUGUUUUUAGUGCGAUUUGUUCACGUUUUUGUAUACAAAAAUGAGGAAUUUCAAUUUGAAAUUCAAUUUAUUUGACCUCUUUUUUGAAACGUGUCCCAAAUUCACUGCUUAUUUUUUGAAUUCAUUUCGAAAUGAAAGAAAAUUGAGAGAAGACAAUUUUUGUUGACAAUUCCAACACAUAUAGGUCACGUUUUAAAUACAGGUCAAAUAAAUUCUAUUUUUUAUGCAAUUAACCGCGUUUUUUACCAAGAAGUGAAAGCGAAGAAUUGACAAAAACGUGAAAUUAAUCGCCCUAAAAGACUCACUUUUUUGUCAAUUAAUCGCAAAAAACACGUCGAUUAAUUCUAUAGAAUGCGAUAGAUACAAAAUUCGAUAGAAUUAGAAUAAAACACUUCGAUUUCCGGUGUUUAUUCCAAAUUCUAAUUAUUUUUAUUUAGCUUUGAACAAAACUUGAAUACUUUCUUAGCAGACCCAUUUCCUAGAAAUAACGAGAAUAUUAUUUUUCUAAUUCAAUAUUACAGCCACUUCGAUAUAUGUAUAACUACACUGGAACCAAACAUGUUCGUAUCAAAACACCCGUGUUAGGAAUUUUUGUGAAUAUUUAUGACACAUUGACUGAUGAUUAUUGGAAAACAUAUUCGAAUCAAGAUUAUGAUAAUGUUUCUCGUGCUGUAGUCAAUAGAGUAUUGACGACGGUGAGGUGUUUGAAAUUCGUAUUGAGCAAACAACGAAAAUAAAUAUUAAAUUUCAUUUUUUUAGGUUUCCUUGUUCGACGACUUCUACUAUAUUUUCACUGGCCCUGUGAAAAGAAGCGGCAAGUAUAGCCCUUUUGAUGAUGCUUAUCUGUUAACAAUGGCAGGUAAUGUUUUUCAACAUAUUUGACUCAAAUAAUUUUAUUUCUUCAGAAGUCAUCAAAGAAGGGUCGCCGUGCCGUUUCGAUUCUCAGGAAGAGGAAGUUCAACACAAUUCGAACUUACUCGAUGUCAUUGCUUCAACUACUUCAGUCCAUUUGUGAGUUCCAUUUUCCAAAGCGACUUUAAAUACGACAUUCCACUGCUUGCCAGAAAAAAUUAAAUAUACAAGAAGUUGAAAAUCUGACUUAUUUUCAACACGUAUUCAAAAAUAAAUUGGAUAGUAAAACAAACACUCAAAAAUUACGUGUUUCCCAUGAAAAUUGUUCUAUCCAGCCCUGUGCCGGAAAAUUGAAACCCGGAAAACAAAGUCAGAAAAUUUCUUUAUUUUUUUGUAAAGGAAAAUCCGAAAAAUGUUUCAAGGUCUGAAAUUUCGAGUUUCAGCACUCAGUUGGCCCAAAAACUUGUUGCGGGGUUUUCAAAAAUUUGGCAAUAUUGAAGAUAUCACUAUUAAAUAUCAUUUUCCGGAUUUUCCGAAAAAAUUUUAUUCCUUGAAAAAACUGGACAUUCGGGAAAUUUCUGAUUCUAUUCUUCUUUUAUUAACAUUCUUGCAAGGAAUAGUUUCAAUUCAAAAAAUAGUUUCAAUUUACAAAAGUCUCUUCAAAAUUAAUAAUUUCAAUUUUUCUGACAUUUUUGGUAAAAUUCGAAAGUAUGUAUACUUCAGCUCCUAAAAAUGUAUAUUUCCAGCUAUAAUAGAAGAAAAGAAGCCGUUGAUGCCAAUCCUGAUUUUCAACGCGAAAUCAACGAAAUGUUGGAAUAUGUAAAAACCAACUUCUCAAAACCAUCCCGAAAAUCAUCAAAAUCGUCAACAAGAAAUGAUUCGUUUGAAAAUUCGAAUAAAAAUAGUUUGAAGAUGGAUAAAACGGGAAAACAACAAACUUCGCAGAGAAAACGUGCAAUUUUCGAAGAUUCGUCUGAUGACGAAGAAGAAUCCCCGAAAUCAUCAAAAUCGUCAACAAGAAAUGAUUCGUUUGAAAUUUCGAAGAAGAAUGGUUUGAAGAUAGAUAACACAGGAAAACAACAAACUCCGCAAAGAAAACGUGUUAUUUUCGAAGAUUCGACUGAUAACGAAGAAGAAAAAGAAAAUGAUGCACAUCGCGAGGAAAAAAAAGAAAGAAAGAAAAAGAAACAAGUUCAAGAGGAAGAAGAAUUAUUUGAAUAG